GUGGUGUUGAAUUUGAUGUUUAAAAUAUAUAUAAAUAUUCCUCAAUCGUUAAUUACAGUUGUCUCUCGAACUGAGUGGUCAGACGUAUUCAGACUUUCGUGCAACCAGGAGCAGAAUUUGCCUAGAGAUUUCACAGCUUACCGUUUCAAUCAAUUAGAGACGAGUACCAUUCUGAAAUUCGAGGUUUUCGUAACAAAAGGAUCGACAACCUUUUCGAAUAACCUUUCAGCCAGCAACACUUUAUACAGGCAGUUGAUCAACAAUGGUGCAGAUCGGCGUAUUCCUGUUGGUGAUUGCCGUCGUGGCAACAGGUCACCUGAUGUUCGAGAUUUCGCCGGGAAAGAAAUUGUAAACAAACUUGUCUCUCGAACUGAGUGGUCAGACGUAUUCAGACUUUCGUGCAACCAGGAGCAGGAUUUGCCUAGAGAUUUCACAGCUUACCGUUUCAAUCAAUUAGAGACGAGUACCAUUCUGAAAUUCGAGGUUUUCGUAACAAAAAGAUCGACAACCUUUUCGAAUAACCUUUCAGCCAGCAACACUUUAUACAGGCAGAGCUAGUUGAUCAACAAUGGUGCAGAUCGGCGUAUUCCUGUUGGUGAUUGCCGUCGUGGCAACCGGCGCCCAAGCUGGCAAGCUGGCCACGACCGCGACCACGACCGCGGCCGCGACCGCGACCGCGACCGCGACCGUGGCACCUUCGGCAACAACAGGCGCGGGCACUGCCAGUGCCACAGGAUCAGUAGCACCAUCUGCAAGCGUGAGUUCCUCCAUAGGAUCAUCGACACCGUCAAAUCCAGCAGCUUCCACUGUCACGUCCUUCAAGGAAUGGGCGGCUUUUUAUUGCAUGUUUGUUCUUCUUCUUCUGGUUCAUCCGUAAACUUUUUUUCUGAACGUGUUGUUUGAUCUUCUUCUUCUUCUUAGCGUUUGAUUUUAUGUUUAUGGCUAACUAUGAAGAGAUAGUAUAAGUAUUGGUAGUUGUUUAAAAAUACACAACCAGGCCUAUGUAUCUUUCGUCGGCAAUGGACCUGUAUAAAUGUAAGGAGAAUAUUCCAUAUCUUUAUACUGAUGAAUUACGUCACGCACAAGUAUAUUUGCGGUCAUGUGGUGGCAACAGGAAAUAUUUUGUUCUUUCUAUACUGAUAAUUCUGUUGCGGAUGAAAAUCAUUUUAUUUUGUCAUGUAAACAUUUUGUGCAACCUCGAGCGAGUCUUUUUCAUCUCUGGAUUUCACUACACUUGUAAAUUAAAAUUAUGAGGACAAAUUUAUGUUGCUAUGAUGAUAGUGAGGUCGCAGCCCAUGUUAUUAAUUUUGUAAAUUCGUUUCUGAUCCCUGUCAUUUAGGCCUAUUUAUUUCAAAUUUCUCUAACCAAUCCUGCUGUAACUUUGCAUAAUGUUUUUUUGUCUUUUUUAUAUUUUUGUUCGGGUCUAUUUAUUAUUCCCUAGCGACGUGUGUUAUACGGAAAUAAAGGCGAUUCGUUUCAUCCUCGAUGUACUGUACAUCGGGGUUGAAACGAAUCAGCUUAAUUUAUGUCGUGACGUCACCUGUUUUGCGCAGAUUCCAACUGGUUUACUGCGCAUGUGUGUGUUUUUCCCCGUGAAAAUUUACGUGCUUGUGACAAGGUUGUACAUUGACUUUGAUACUUUCAAUCGGCUUUUGUGUGAACUGAGUCACCAGAUUACACGAGUUGAUUUUCUCCGGAGAAAAUUAACGAGUGGAUCUGGUGAGUCUUAGACCCACUUUGUUGUGGCCUGUGUUUGUGGAUAUUUUAGAUAUAAUUUUUGACAUGUAGCUCGUUUCAUAAUCAUACUGUUCGAACGGGAAUUAUUAAUGUUGUUGAAAUGAAAAGCCUCUCCUGACAAAAUAUGUGAACGUAAUAAGACUGUCAGCCAGGGAUGUCUUUGAAAAUAAUAUUAUCAAACUAUAUCAUAAAAUAACAAUGAAUAUGACAAUAAGAUGACAAUAAAAAGAAAGUUUAAGAGAGUCAUUAACUAUAAUAACCUCUACUUCUUGGUUAGCAGCAACUUGAAUGGUUUUGCCAGUGACUGUGAAAUUACCUAAAAUUGUUUUUCAAAAGUAAACUAAUUCUUCAUGGAAAAGAUUGGUUAACAGUAUAUUUAAGGUGAUAGUUUUGGUGUAUUCAUCAGUGGGCCUGCAGUCAGGUUUGUUACGCUUGCUUCACUUGUUUCAAUGACGGAGAGAAUGAUUAAAACAAUGUUAUGUUCUCAGUUAAUUUGGACAGAUAGAUUUC